AUGCCUGCUGAUCAGGAUUCCCUCUACGGGCAGCCGCGCCCAAAAAAGACCAAACCCGAACAAGUCACCUCCUCAAGCCUCGCCUUCACCUCUCAGCUCUCUUCACUCAUCGCCCAAGAUGCGACCUCCGCUUCGUCGCGGGGACGCCACCGUCCCUCCAAGAAUCCGAAGUCUGAUAUCUUUUCAAAGCACAACAAAGGUACUCAGAAGCGUGCAGCUGCCGAUCUUGCAGAUGACAACAGGGCUCUCAAGCAAGUUCACAGGAGCACCCAGGACAUUGGCUCUGUUGACGCCAUCACACUGGGCCGGUCUCGACGUCGAAUGCAGGAAAAGGCGCGCCUCUACGAAGAUAUGAAGAAGGGAUUGCAUCUUGCCGGUGAUAGUGAUGAUGAUGACAUGCCGGCUGAUCCAUCCGACCCGGACGCCUACCUAGCCCGACUAAGACGCAAGGAGAAGGACGUAUUGGUUGAUUUCGAUCUCAAGCACGCAAGCGAGGAGCAACUCAAGCAAGAUGAGUCCGAUGACGACAAUGCAUCCAUUAUUUCCUACGAAGACGAAUUUGGCCGGUCUCGCCGUGGCACUCGCGCCGAAGCCGCCGAAGCCUCUCGCGCCAUGGAUGAAGAAGCGGGUGCCAAAGCUGCCCAAGAACGCUGGCGCCCUGCUCGUCCUGACAAUUUGAUUUAUGGAGAGGCCGUUCAGACUGAAGCCUUUAAUCCUGAUGCCAACAUUGCGUCGCACAUGUCCCAUCUCGCCGCUCGUCGUGACCGCUCGCCUACCCCGCCGGAGAAGAAGCAUUACGAGGCUGAAGCGGAGAUUCGCAACCGUGGAACUGGAUUCUAUAGCUUUUCGACCGAUGAGGGGGAGCGCAAGCAGCAGAUGGAAGAACUCCGAGUUCUGCGAGAGGAAACUUUAUCCAAGCGGAAAACGGACGAGGAACGGAUGGCUGAGCGCAAGGCUCAUUUACAGUGGCGAUGCGAAGAGAUCCAAAGACUUUUUAAGGAAAAUAUGGAGACGUGGCGCCUGGAGGACCUUGAAGCCGAACGCAACCCCGAGCCAAAGGUAGCCCCUCCACUUAAACCACCCCCCUCAAAAUGGCUGUACCCUGAGUACGACCCCCCGUAUGACUGGACUACAUGCCCACUGGCACGACGGUACAUGUUCAUGGAUCAUCCUGAACCAGAAGAUAUCGCUAGCUUUGCAGGGGAUAACAACGCUGCAAAGGAUAUAGACACUUCGUAA